AUGGCGGCCAAUAAAGGAAGCGAUCGAAACCAAGAUCGCGCGCCAGUUGUUAUCGGUGUCUGUGUACUUCUUAUCAUUGUCUCUCUCGUUACAACUGGGCUGCGAUUAUAUGCGCGGCAUUUGGUGCGACUUAAGUUAUGGUGGGAUGACUGGUUCUGUCUCAUCGGACUGCCUUUCGCACUUCUAUCAAUGAUAUUCGAUUUUGUCCAGGUUAAAUAUGGCUUUGGCAAACACGCAGACACACUAUCACCCGAAGCCCUCGUGAACUACGGCAGAAACUUUUACAUCUUGCUACUUUUUUACAACCUGGGACUAGCAUUCUUCAAACUCUCUCUGCUAGCAUUUUAUAUCCGUGUCUUCUCAGUCGUUCGUAUAAUUCGAACAGGGAGUUACAUUAUUAGUGUUGCCGUUGUCGCGUGGAUGAUUGCCACUGAGUUCUUACUCAUUUUUCGUUGUCAUCCAGUCGACAUCGCAUGGACAGGGACGCCACAGCAGCAAUCAAUGCAGUGUGUCGCUAUGGACACUGUGUUUGUAGCCCAGGCAGCUCCUACCAUAUUCUUUGAUAUCAUCAUUCUGGUGCUGCCACUAAAAGAUCUAUGGGCGCUCAAACUCAAUCGCGGCCAGAAGGUUGGAGUGACGAUAGUUUUCCUUUUGGGAUUUCUAGUCACCAUUAUCAGUAUAGUCAGGCUGAAGAAAAUAUAUUCUACUGGUAGUGACUUGACUUACGACUUUGUAGACCUUGGUUUAUGGUCCGCAGCAGAGCCAGUAACUGGUUUGCUCUGUUGCUCCCUCGUCACAUAUGGUCCUUUUGUCAAGAGAAUACCGCGAUUCUUUGGCGGUAGCAGCACCCAAGACACAGGGACCAGUCUCAAAAGCACUACCAAUGCCACAAAAACCACCAUUACGACUAAAAACAAUUCAAUAUAUGGACAUAACAACGCCGGGUACCGACGACAGCGGAGUAGUGAUGAGAUAGAGCUGAAUAAUUACGCGGGCAAUAUUGUCGGAUCUAGGACUUCGGAUGACGAUGUUACUGCCUCUGCCCAUGUUGCUGCUAAUAGUCAGUCAACGUACGGGCCACCCCGUAACGGCAUUCAGGUGAAACAGGAAUACUUUGUGCAGCAGGGUCAGAUAUAG